GAUAAUACUAAAAAAAAAACAAUGAUGAAUGGUGGGCAAAUGAUGAUGAUGAAAGUUGAUUCUUCAAAAUCAAGAAGAAAUCAUUUUGGAAACCAUCAUAUAAGGCCUAAUUCAUCAUCACCACCUUCUUCCUCCUCUUCUCCUCCAUCUCCAAUGUCUCAAAAAACACAAGAAAUGCAAGAAGUUAUGGAUUUAAGUGCUUUGUCUUUAGACACCCUUCCAAUAUCUUCUAAUUUUAAUCUAGCCAUCGUUCAUGUAUUGGACAUCUCAAACAACAAUCUUGAGGUGAUACCAGAGUCAUUAGCCGCGAGACUCCUGAAUUUGGUGGUGUUGGAUGCACAUUCGAAUCAACUAAAAUCGUUACCAAAUUCGAUAGGAUGUUUGUCAAAGCUUAAGACUCUCAAUGUCUCCGGAAAUCAUCUUGAAUUCUUCCCCAAGACCAUUGAAAAUUGCAGAGCACUUGAAGAGCUAAAUGCAAAUUUCAACCAGCUAACUACACUACCAGAAACCAUCGGAUUUGAGCUAGUCAACCUCAAAAAACUUUCAGUCAACUCCAACAAACUCAUCUUCCUUCCAUCAUCAACCGGCCACCUCACAAAUCUCCGUCACCUCGACGCGCGUCUCAACCGUCUUCGUUCUCUCCCAGACGACCUCGAAAACCUCAUCAAUCUCGAGGUUUUCAACAUAAGCCAAAACUUUCAGUUUCUUGAAACACUUCCAUACUCUAUUGGCUUACUUAUUUCCCUUGUGGAACUAGACAUAAGUUACAACAAAAUUACCAAAUUGCCCGACUCGAUGGGGUGCCUAAAAAGGCUAAAGAAACUAAGUGUUGAAGGAAACCCUUUGGUUUGUCCACCACCUGAAGUAGUCGAAAAAGGCGUGCAAUCGGUUAAGGAAUACUUAAGUGAGAAAAUGAAUGGAGGGCAUAAAAAUUCGCCUAAAAAACAGACGUGGAUCGGGAAAUUGAAGAAAUACGGGACGUUUAAUUAUGGGGCUCGAAUGGGUAGUAGUACACCCGGAAGAGAGGGGUACUUGAUGUCGAAUUAUAGGACGAUUGAUGGGCUUGCUUCUCCAAGGUAUAUGGGCAUGUUUUCGCCUCGUCGCCUUUUCUCAUCACCGAAGAAGCAGCAUUUUACUAGAUGAAAAUUGAUAGCGUACGUGUGGUGGUUUUGUAAAAUAAGUACUGAUCAAAAAGACUUUGUUUAAUUGUUAGGGACUUAAUUAAUUAGGCUGUCACCGGACGUACUGUAUAUGUAAAGAAGUAUUUGUGCAUCUAUGUACCACUAUACGUACAUGCACAUAUAUAUAUGUUAUGGCGUAUGGGGUGUACUUUCUUUUCCUAGUUUUAUUUGGAAAAAUGUGAUGAUAUGUAUAAUAUAUUAUACCUAUAUAAAUUUUGAUACAUGAUAUGGUAUUGGUUUAUCAAAAUGUUUAUGAAUUGAAUAAA